CGCCGCCGCCGCCGCUUCGCCUGCCGGCCUGAGAGCGGGACCAUGGAUGAAAGGUUCAACAAGUGGCUGCUGACGCCGGUGCUCACUCUCCUCUUCGUGGUCAUCAUGUACCAGUACGUGUCCCCCUCCUGCACCAGUUCCUGCACCAACUUCGGGGAGCAGCCCCGCGCCGGCGAGGCCCGCCCGCCUGCCGCCCCGAGUCCCGCCCGCCGGGCGCAGCCGCCGCCGGAGGAGUGGGAGAGGCGGCCCCAGCUGCCCCCGCCGCCCCGGGGACCUCCCGAAGGACCUCGGGGGGCUGCGGCGCCGGAGGACGAGGACGAGGAGCCGGCGGACCCGGAGGAGGAGGAGGAGGAGGAGGAGGAAGAGGAGCCGGACCCCGAGGCCCCCGAGAACGGCUCGCUGCCCCGCUUCGUGCCGCGCUUCAACUUCACCCUGAAGGACCUGACCCGCUUCGUGGACUUCAACAUCAAAGGGCGCGACGUGAUCGUGUUCUUGCACAUCCAGAAGACCGGGGGCACCACGUUCGGCCGGCACCUGGUCAAGAACAUCCGGCUGGAGCAGCCGUGCAGCUGCAAAGCCGGACAGAAGAAGUGCACCUGCCACCGGCCCGGCAAGAAGGAGACCUGGCUCUUCUCGCGCUUCUCCACCGGCUGGAGCUGCGGGCUGCACGCCGACUGGACGGAGCUUACCAACUGCGUGCCGGCCAUCAUGGAGAAGAAAGACUGCCCUCGCAACCACAGCCACACCAGGAAUUUCUACUACAUCACAAUGUUGCGGGAUCCAGUGUCUCGCUACCUGAGUGAGUGGAAACAUGUCCAACGAGGGGCCACAUGGAAAACUUCUCUCCAUAUGUGUGAUGGAAGAAGCCCCACCCCUGAUGAGCUGCCUACCUGCUACCCUGGGGACGACUGGUCUGGGGUUAGCUUGCGGGAGUUUAUGGAUUGCAGCUACAACCUGGCUAACAACCGCCAAGUGAGAAUGCUGGCAGACCUCAGCCUGGUGGGCUGCUACAACUUGACUUUCAUGAAUGAGAGUGAAAGAAACACCAUCCUGUUGCAAAGUGCAAAGAACAACCUGAAGAACAUGGCCUUCUUUGGGCUCACUGAAUUCCAGAGGAAGACACAGUUUCUCUUUGAGAGGACAUUCAAUCUCAAGUUCAUCUCCCCCUUCACACAGUUCAAUAUCACACGGGCUUCCAAUGUGGAAAUCAAUGAGGGUGCCCGCCAACAUAUUGAGGAGCUAAACUUCCUGGACAUGCAGCUUUACGAGUAUGCAAAAGAUCUCUUCCAGCAACGCUACCAUCACACCAAGCAGCUAGUGCACCAGAGAGACCGCCAAAAGAGGCGGGAGGAACGGAGGCUGCAGAGAGAGCACAGGGCCCACCGUUGGCCAAAAGAGGAUGUGGCCACAGAGAGGACUGUCACGGAGGACUACAACAGCCAGGUGGUGAGAUGGUGACCCCCUGCCUGCUCCUCUCUUGGUAGGGGAAGGAUGAGCAGGUGCAUUGACUUUUAUUGAAUUAGUUGAAGAUGUCAGGUUAUUCUGAGAACUUCUGGCUGUAGGUGACUUGAAUUGGACGUGCACUUCCUCUGUCUUCAUUUUUAUCCAGCUGGAGAUUAACCACCUUGUUCUUUUAUUUCGCACAUUAUUCUAUCCAUGCUGUUAAACAGGAGAGGAAUGUGUCCAACAUAGACCACUUUAGGAGGUCAAGAGGAGAAGCAGCCAAAAGAAAACAGUCGCUGCAACCUUUGCAGCAGCAUAGGUUAUAGUUCUGGUGCCUAGAAUCCACAGAGGCACACAUGAAAAGCCAAACUGUGGCUUGGAUGUUCCGCUGAAUCCAGUCUGUUUCGUACUGUCUCUGCUGUGGAAAUAUUGGUCUGUUUCAUUAGACAGAAAAGGACCUUUUAGCCCUUAGAUGAGGUUUUCUGGCAACGCUUCAUUGACUGUGGGCUCUCAUCUUUGAACUCUAUUUGGAUGUGUUUAAAUCAUAAGUAGAGUGAUGUGUUUUGUUGUUGCAGAUGCUUUUAAACAAAAUUACCCUACUGUUGACCAUCGCCGGAGACCCACAUCCAGCAAAACCCAAACACCCUAGUGCUAAGCCAUGCUUCCUCUCCAUCGUUUAGGGAACAGGGAGUGGAUAUAGGACAGGGAUGAUUGCAAUUCCUGCAAACUGAACAUUGGUGAGGUGUUUCCAAUAACUUGCUUAUUUAUUAAUGUGUAAGCUGAUCACAGCUUACCAGUUUCAAUCUUCAAUGUGAGCAAUGAAUGGUAAAUUAAGAGAAGAAAACAAAGCAGGAGGAGAACUAUAUGGUUUACAUUUCCAAGCCAGCUACAGAACCCUUGUUUUUAUAGAAAUAUUUGAGUUUAACCCCUUUGGAGCAGUCAUUGUCUUUGAUAUGGUACUGCCAGGUUUGAAAUUCUGCUAACACAAAGGAAAAUAAUUUAUAAAGAACUUGACCUGGAUUAGGAGCAUAACUAGCAUGUAUGCAAAAUGUAUUUGAGGUCCCUAAAUGAGUAAUAGCUCUGAGUUAGGCUAGGAGACAUGGAACCCCAUUAAUAGGACACCUGUCCUAGGAAUUUAGAUGUCUUUUCUACCCCUCACGGCACACACUCCUGAAUAUCUCUAGCAUGGUAACUUAUUUUCUUCCCAUAUGAUCUUUACCUGUUACUAGACUAUGGAUCCAGCCAGCAAAUCAGGUCUAGAGUGCAUAAAACUGGACCAAAACAUGUGCUGCAUUGCCAAGUGAUCCUUAUUUUUGCCUUUACUCAAUGAUAAUGGAAAGAAGUCUUUUUGAAAAACAAGGGGAGUGUGAAGGAAGAGAGAAAGCCUUCGCCUAGCAUUCAGUGGGAGGAUCAGAGUGGAUAGGAAGUUACACAACAGAUUGAUCUGAUCAAUCCCUUCAAGGAGCUGAAGGCAAAAUGAGUGAAACCCCUAAAUCAGAUUGAAAAGCCUAUUUCAUUGAUAUCCAACAUGUUUGAUGUUUAAGCCAGCUUUGCUUAAGCCACUUCUCAGCCUCCAGAAUACUCUCUCUGGGGUUGAGAGUCAAUCAACCCACAGGUGUUUGUAGAGCCGCCUACACGAAUAGAGAGGAGUUUGGCAUCUCCAUCAAAUGGAGAUCUGGAGAAAUGGCUCACACGUUUCUCUCACCCCACCUUGGCUUCAUCUGUGGUGCAAGGGAUGGCCCUCUGUGCCAAGACUGAGAGAAGACUCUUUCCAUACCUUCAAAAAUUUCGUAGAUGAGAAAAGAGAAGCCCAUAGAUGCUAAGUAGCAACCUUACCGGUUGGCAACUAGGUCUAGCUAAUUGCAAAGUGCAGCUCUUUUUACUCCGUCAUCCCAUACAUCUGAGACAAGAGCUCAUGCCACCAAACAUGCAAGAAGCCAGAUGCUGUUGCAAGAACUGAUUGCCUUUAACUGCAGUUUGUGGUGCAGCUGUGACAGCACCAAGCUUAUAAGGAACCAGAGCCAUGCUGCCUUGGGUGAGUCCAACGCCCUCCACAUCACUGGUCCAUCAAGGAAUAGAGAGAUAGAUGACAGUUUAGGCAACCAGACUUUUUUGAGUCACUUAAAAAUGGACAAAUGAACACCGCUUAUUCAUUCGUGUCUCCCUUCCCUGUGCUUUGUUCCUAAGGUAGAGAGUGAAGGAAGAUUGCAGCUGGUAAUAAUGAGCAGCUCGCUCGCUCUCGCUCUCUCUCUCCAUCUCCAUCUCCAUCUCCAUCUCCAUCUCUAUCUUUAUAGUUCAAUGUUAAGAUCUAAUAAUGUUCUGCUUAGAAUAGCAGGACUGCAAAUUACCCUUCUGCCUGCCACUGUGACACAUACACAUGCAUGCGGGCGCACACACACACACACAAUGAUGAUGCAGUGUUUUGUCAUGUGGAAAAUAAAAACAACUUAGCAUUCAGAUUGUUCCCUUUAAACUCACUUUAAAUUUUUGGCAGAGAAUUCCUGCAUAGCUGAGACUUGGAGGUAGCCCCUGCUGACUUCACACUGUUCCUUAGGCGCCUCAGGAUUUAUCUCAAAAGGCUUUCCACUGCCUUGCCAUGAUGUAUGGUGCUCCACCUGAGACAAGAUAUCAGGAUGUUCAGAAGAGAAACCAUCUCUUUGUUGGCCCAAGGCCAGGGAUGAGCAAAUUAAAAAAGACCGACAUGGGCUUCCUCCCUCAUAUCAUUUCAUUCUAAAGCAGCACACUUUUACAUCCCUGAGGUCCUAUGUUGAUAGAAAUAGAGAGGUAGGGAUACAGUGUGUUCUCUGAAAAUUGACUGCACACCUACAUGCUGAGUGAAGCUCAGGGAAGGAUGCCAGCGGAAGGCAGCUGGGCCUAAGUAUAUGUGGGCAAUUCAGCUGUCUCAAGACUGCAAAACAAAUCAACUACAGACACAUCAGUGUCCACAGUGCAAGAAGAGAGCCCCUUCCUGCUCCCCAGCCUCAAAUUCCCCAGGGAAUGCAUAGGCUUCCACUCCCAAGGUUGCUCAUAGACAUCCUUUUCUUUGUCUUGGCAAUAACUACACCAAUAACCAGACUGGGGUAGAUGUCCUUCGGAAUAUGGGCAUGUACAUGUGCUUUUAAAUUUUAUUAAGAAUUAAGGUACACAUUGUUCAUUUUGCCUUCAACUUUUUGGCCACCUACUCUUGGUAACUGGAGAAAACUGCCAUAAGUAUUACUUUAAUACUCAUUAAUAAUUGAUAGCACUACUAAUCAAUGUUAGAUGAUAGCUUGUGAUAUCAUGUGUUAUUUAAAAAUGAUAAAGAAAUGUUAUCAUUCCAAGGAGGUAACUUUAAAUAGUUUAAAGAAACUUUGAAAUAUGAGAAUCCAUUUGGUUAUGCCCUCAAAGUAAUUUCUCAAGAGUUUGAGUAGACAUGCUGUUCUAAUACUGGGAAGAAGGUCUAUAAAAUAGAACUGGCAAGGAAGUAAGAAUGUAUUAUUGAACAGCGUGUGUAUAUUGGACAGAGUUGUUAUUUGUCUAUCUUAGCCAAGAAAUUCAAAACAAUAGUAAAAUCAAACAAAAUUAAAACAAUUUCUCUCUCACUUAAAGAUAGACUACUUUGAUAGCUUUGAUGUAUGACAUCACCAGAAGCCCAGGUGUUCUCUGGUUGCUCUUUUGUCAUAAUGUGCAGCAUUCAUCUCAUGAUCCAAGAUGGCUGCUGUGGCUCCUGCCACCUCAUUUACAUUUGAGACCGUAGAAGGGAAGUGGAUGGAAACUGCAUAUAUUGCAUCUAGUCACAUCUCAUGGAGCAGAACCUAGACAUUAGCCACAUCUACAAAGACUAGGAAAUGUCUUUAUUAUGGGUUGCCAUGUGCCUUGACAAAUGUGGGAGUUCUAUUAAAGAAACAAUGUAAAAAUUAAUACUGACAAAACUUUCAGUGUCUGACAUAAAAGGGAAUUGAAAAAUAUUUCAGAUGCUUCUCAACGUCAUUUAUUUCAUCACAUGUUUUGCAAAGGAUAAGAUUAAAUUUCACCACUUUGUAUAGCAUGCAACGCUUUUCAAAACAUUUUUACAUUUAUUAUCUCAUUUGAGUCUUCAUUAUAUUCUUGUGUGUUAAAUAGGAUCUCGAUUCAUUUUCCCAUUUGAUAAGUUGGAAUGGAGAUUCAAUGGUGUUGAAAGAUUUCCCAAAGAUUCUAAUUUAUUAGCAAAGCUACUCAGAGCCCCAGCCUUUUGAUUUAUAGACAUUCCUACUGCUUUAUGCUGCUCAGCUUCAGUUUUGGAUUGGGAAUUGCAAGAAUAUCAAAACUAAACCUUCAUUGAUUUAUGUCUUCCCUUACCUUUUUUUGGAAGUGCAGUGACUUAGAAAAUGCCAUGGAGACGCGUUGAGUUGACUUUCAACUUCCUUCCUCAAAGAAGGGGCAUUCUUAUUAUGAAUAAAGGGUCCAAGAGGUGGGGAGUGUUGCAGUGGGGGUGAGAAUCACUGGACCUCAGGGAAGACAUUCAGACAAACUAGUUGGAUGUGUGCCAUAUCCAACUCCAGAACUAUGCAAGAUGACGGCUGAAGAGCUGUGCUUACAAUCCUUGGGGAAGCUCAGUGUUAGAAAUAUUCAAAACUUGUAGCCGCCUGUUAGUGAAGCUUAAGGGGCGAUCAAUAGAACCCAUACAAAAAAAAAAAAAAAAAAAACUCUUUCUCUACUUCUUCAUUUUAUCAGCAAGGGAUUGCUUUAGUUUUGAAGGUUUUAUUUGGUAUUGAAUGAGUUCCUUUUGCUUAUUUGCUGGAGAGAAGAAAUGCUUUAACUUGUCAUAAGCUAACACCUUCACAUGGAGAGUUUAUCUGAUUCCUUUCCCACCCACCAUGACCUCUGGCUGAGAUGAAAGUCCUAUAUAAUGGGAUCAUCAGAGGUGGAGGGGUUGGGUGACUAUGGCUGACUACAGAAAUAGUGGGACUCCUGAAAGGGAGGCAGAUAUUUCAAAAGCUGAAAGAUGAGGAGUUAAAUACGUGCAAGGCAAUAUUGGAAAACUUUUUAAAAAUGACUAAAAAUGACUAGGAUAUAGUUUCUGUCCUCAAAAACAAAAGAAAGCUGGAAACAGGUAAACUGUAAUUAUUUUAGGAACUUAAAAGAAACAAAAACCGAAUGAAGCUCCUGAAAGAUCAGAGCAUGGGAUGGUUUUAUGGAAUGAAGGUUGAUUGUACUGGAGGAACUGAAACACGGAAAGUUGGGUUGGACUUAAGAAAAAAGAGCGUGAUCUGAUCACAGGUGUGACUCUGAGGUUUCCUUUUCCAUAGCUGUUGUGCCUCCAUUGGUCUCUGGAACUGCAACCAAAGUCUUCAGGCUGGAUAUCAGGGCUGGCUGAGCCUAUGCUUCUAACUAUGUUGUGCCAUCUUUUCCAAGGCACUUGUGGCUUCCCUUCCUCCAUCUCUACUGGACAUUGGUCAAUACCUACUAUUCUCUCACCUCUUUCACCAGGGCACAUCUCAAAACAUUCCCUGAAACUUGGAGUUAGUGCUUCUGGGAAAGUGGGUGGGAUCUGAGACCUGUGUGUUUUGUAGCCUAGUGGAUGGAAUGCACAUGGACCCAUCUUCACAGUGCAUUGACAGAAUUCACCUGCCUUUGCAGAGGCGCUGAGACGCCCAAAGGAGAAACCUGGGAACCUAUGUUGUUAACACCAGCAACACCGGCAAGGCAAAAGCCUCUGAACUUCCAGGCAAGGACUCGAGGUAACCGAACAGAUCUCCAGAUCGGACGCUGCAGAUCCACAGAGGGUUCCUGAGGCUCUGUUCUAAGUGGUCUGUGGAAAAGACUGCAACUGUCCUCCUGUGGCAUGUGCUGCUGUGCUGUGGGAACCCAUCAAUGGACCAGAUGUCUGUGCUUAAAAAACCCUUCCCUUCUUGCCGGGGAAAACAGGUGUUCUGAGAAGCGGGAGUUGUGUGUGAUUUAAUCAGUGUCACAUUUGUCUCUCACCUCCUUGUCACUUUUUUGGUGUCGAUUCUGUGGUCAUCCAUUCUUUACCUUCUUUUCUCCCUCCAGAAGCCCUUCCUGGGAUUUUCUUGCAUUAUUUUUUCUUUUAUUUUUAUCAACAAUGUUGGGAAGAAAAAUUUGGAUCUUUAUCUGGUGCCCCAUUUUAGAUGUAAAGAUAGAUAUUCAAUAGAUAGUAAAUUAUUUCUCCUAAGAGGUAUUUCCUUUUGUUUCUGUGCAAUAAUAUGUAUGAACUUGGUUACUAGGAGAUUGUAUUGUGACAUGAUCAAUCUUUAUUGCUAUUUAAAAUGAUAGUUUGUAGAACUGAGGAUUUCCAUUGGUGUGAAGCACAAUUUAAUGAAUAAGUUAACAUAUUAAACU